AUGACCGCCUCCCUGGUCCUAAACCCUCGCUGGCCAGCGGAAACGGUAAUGUUUGUGUAUGACAACAACCUGGACGACCUGAACAAGAACAUGGAAGGGUUGGUGGGCAGCGGCAACUUCGCCGCUGCCACUGCGGCGAGUCAGUGCCGCAACAUUAUGGCGCACUCGGCUGCGCUGAGCGGCCACCCGUCGGGUCUGGUGCACUCUUCCGCCGGCUACUCCACUGUGGACGUGUCUGCCUCGGGCACCAGCGAGACAAGCGCAUCCUCCGCGAAGCAGUGUGCAGCGGGACCCUGUCCGGCGGCCGCGGUGCCGCACCAGAGCUCCUCCGCCGCCACCGCUCUACCUUACAGCUACUUUGGUAACGGCUACUACCCGUGCAGGAUGGGGCGGGGUUCUCUGAAGUCGUGCACCCAGGCGGCCGGAGCCGCGCUCAGCUCACAGUACAUGGACACCACAGUGACCUCUGACGAAUACCCGAACCACCGGGCCAAGGAGUUCGCCUUUUACCACGGCUACCCCAGCCCGUACCAGUCCAUGGCCAGCUACCUGGACGUCUCCGUGGUCCAAACCCUGGGCACCGGGGAGCCCCGCCAUGACACCCUGCUGCCUAUGGACAGCUACCAGCCGUGGGCUCUGACCAACGGCUGGGGUGGGCAGAUGUACUGCUCCAAGGACCAGGGCCAGGCCGGUCACCUCUGGAAGUCUGCUCUGGCGGAUGUUGUUGCGCACCAGCAUGACGGCUCUCCGUUCCGCCGCGGCAGAAAGAAGCGGAUACCAUAUACCAAGGUACAGCUCAAGGAACUGGAGAAAGAGUACGCCGCCAAUAAAUUCAUCACCAAGGACAAGAGGAGGAAGAUUUCGGCCGCGACCAACCUGUCGGAGAGGCAGAUCACCAUCUGGUUCCAGAACAGGAGGGUCAAGGAGAAAAAGUUCGUGGCCAAAGUAAAGAGCAGCAGCGCGCCUUAG